AUGUCCAAUAACCCGUUUCAGGAGAUUAUGCAGAGUCAUGGCGGGCGGAGGGUCAUGCCCACCGGCAACCCUUCCUCCAACACCAGCUAUCGCACCCCCCGUAACCCUGUUAGGGAAAUUGAAAGGGCAAUCGCCGACAUCACGAGGUUUCAAACGUACCUUAUGAACGCCAUCACCAUGGCUCGUAUGACCGUGUUUGCUGUCCGCCGCGACCGCACGUAUCGAGCACAGUUCCGAGUGGCUCCUGCAACUCCGGGCCCUGGCAACUCCACCAGAGACACCGGUAAUGACUGUGCCAUUGGUUUCGUUAUCGACACGAUGUCGGUCUGGGGCAGGAAUCGCGCUUCGCGCCCUACGAUGGAUCAACUGAACCUUCAAGUCGUCAAUGUCAUCAACAUGGAUGACCAGGUCGUGGUCGACAGGCAGCAAUACAAUCUCGAACGGCAAAACCAUAUGCUUACGCAAACUCUUUCGACCGUCGCUCACGACAUUUCCGGCCCACCUAGGUAUAGACCAUUCGACCUGGGGUUCCACAUCCACCAAGCGGUCGUGAGACUUCAACCUCUCGCACACCGCAAGGGACUGGCUACCUCCUCCCAUAUCGACCCUAAGCUUGAUGAUUUGGAAGUUAUUGGGGACCCUGACCGCUUACAGCAGCUCUUGGCCAUUUUAUUUAGAAACACCAUCAUAGCCACGCCUCAAGGCCGGAUCCGGUUCUGGGCCGAGAAGGAAAAUCUUGCCCCAGACAGGAUCACCCUCAAGUUUACCAUCAAAGACACCGGGAGAGAAACCAAGGGCCCCGUUGUUUCAACAGGGCCAGGCUACAUCCAACACGAGCUCGGCCUUUGCAGGCAUAUGGUAGAGGCCAUGAAUGGAGAUAUAAAAAUGGCUUCGACACAAGGCUCCGGCACCAUAACCAUGGUCAACAUUCCCCUCAACUUGUCAAAGCCCCUCUCAGCCCAAGAAUUUGGACAAAGCAAAUCCUCGACCUAG